UACAGAAAACUUUAGACACAAAGGAGCAGACACACCACCAGAAUCCUCGAAAACCACAGCAAUGUUUUUACACUACUUAGUGGAAUACCUUGAUUUUAAGAGUUUGCUAAUAGGAUUUUUUCUUUUUCUACUACUUCUUGAUAUCAUCAAAAAUAAAAAUCCAUCCAAUUUUCCACCGGGACCAUGGUCCCUACCUGUUGUGGGGAACAUUUUCACUGGGCUUGACUUCAGAACAAUAGACAAGCUUGCUGAGCAGUAUGGAGAGGUUUUCAGCCUACGUUGGGGCAGUGAGAAAACUGUGUUCAUCUCUGGACAUAAAAUGGUGAAGGAGGCUCUCGUUACUCAGAUGGACAGCUUUACAGAUCGCCCUGUCGUCCCCCUUUUUCAUAAAAUCUUUAAGUUAUGCAUAUAUCCGACAGGAGACGUACUUUUCUCAGGUGUAGCCUUCAGUAAUGGGUACGUGUGGAAAAAACAGAGGAAGUUUAUCAUCACACACCUACGGCACUUUGGUGAAGGAAGAAAAAUCCUAGAGCUAAGUAUCCAGCAGGAGAGCAUCUUUAUCUGUGAUGCUUUCAAAGCAGAACAGGGUCCUUUUGAUCCUCGGUUUUUCCUGAGCAAUGCAGUCUCGAACAUCAUCUCUGCACUUGUUUUUGGUCAUCGCUUUGAAUACCACGAUGAGAAUUUUUUAAAUAUCUUGCGUUUGGAUGCUGAAGCUAUCGCUUUGGCAGGUUCUGUUCAGUCUGAGCUGUAUAAUGCCUUUCCUCGCCUCUUUGAAUACCUUCCUGGUACCCAUGAGAAGAUUUUUGCAAACUAUGCAAAAAUAUUGGACUUCUUAAAAGAAGAACUAAGAAAGCACAAGGAGGACUGGGAUCCCUCAAAUCCUCGGGAUUACAUUGACAGUUUCCUUCUAGAAAUGGAGAAGAAGAAGAAUGAUCCUGAAGCUGGAUUUAACGCUGAGACAUUAUUGCUUGCAAUGCUGGACUUGUUUGAAGCAGGGACAGAAACCACAGCCACUACACUGCGCUGGGGUCUCCUCUUUAUGAUGAAGUAUCCUGAGAUACAAAAAAAGGUGCAAGCAGAGAUAGACAAAGUGAUUGGACAGUCACGCCAGGCCAGUAUGGCUGAUAAAACCAACAUGCCCUACACUGAAGCUGUUGUUCAUGAGGUUCAAAGGAUGGCCAACAUUAUACCUCUGGGUUUACCCAAGAUGGCCUCUAAAGAUACUGUACUGAGUGGAUUCUUCAUACCAAAGGGCACAACUGUAAUUACAAACCUGUCAUCUGUGCUUAAUGACAAGAACGAGUGGGCAACACCGAACAUGUUUAACCCAGAACACUUUCUGGAUAAUCAAGGCCAGUUCUUAAAGAAGGAUGCCUUCCUUCCCUUUUCAGCAGGAAGGAGGUCAUGUCUGGGGGAGCACCUGGCUCGGAUGGAGCUCUUUCUCUUUUUCACCUCUCUGUUGCAGUGCUUUACAGUUUCCCCUUGUCCUGGAGAUGAGCUGAGCUUGGAGGGCCAGCUGGCUUUCACAUAUGCACCCAGACCAUACCGCAUGUGUGUGACCCCACGCUAAGAGCCGACGUUUCUUUAAACUUGUUCUUUCUAAGUAUUAAUAACAAGCAUGAGUAAUUGUAUUCUAUUGUAUUGUAGCAUUUGCUAACUGAAACUGUAGUCAUGGUUUUGUAAGCACAUGUCUUACCAUUUCUAUCUUAUAAACAUUGAGCUGGCUUUAUAUAAUGCAAAUCUUAUGCAGAUUUGAUUCUAUUGUAUACAUAUCAACAUGUACAGUGGAAACAGAAAGUCAGACCCUUUCAUGUUUCACAAAAUGUAUUUAAAUUCGUCUUUUUCUCAUCACUCUACACACAGUGCUUAUCAAUGAUAAAGUAAAAUAAUGUGUUUGUAGUGUUCUGUUCAUUAAAAAAAUGACUGAAAUAUCCUAUUUAGCUUACUAUACACUCAUACCUGUCUGAUAGUGCACAAUCUGGUAUGUCCUUUGAAACUAAACAUGGUUGGGAGCAGGGACAUGGACAGGCAUUUAGAGGGGCAGGGACUCAGGUGGAAAAAAGGGCACUUGGCAUAUUU